AUGGAGAGAUUUCACAAAUAUAGUGAAUUUAGGUCACUAAAACUAGUAACACUAGUGAUCAUAGCAUGUAUCGGUGUAAUUCUGCCAUGUUGUUCUUCGAAGACCACCCAGCGCUUUAAAUUCAGUGUAGGGUUGAAGAAAGUAACCCGCUUGUGUCACACAAAGCAACUUCUGACUGUGAAUGGGAAAUUCCCAGGGCCAACCAUUGCUGUUCAUGAAGGUGAUAACGUUGAAGUUAAGGUGACUAACCGCAUUGCUGACAACACUACAAUUCAUUGGCACGGAAUAAAGCAGGUAAGAACAGGUUGGGCAGAUGGUCCAUCUUACAUAACACAAUGCCCAAUCAGUGGAGGCAAAUCAUACACAUACAGGUUCAGUGUAAUAGGCCAAAGAGGCACUCUUCUAUGGCAUGCCCAUCAUGCUUGGCAACGAGCUUCUGUCUAUGGUGCCUUCAUUAUCCACCCUCGCACGCCAUAUCCCUUCUCUGUUCCAAUUCGAGCUGAAAUCCCCGUUAUUGUUGGUGAGUGGUGGAAUGCAGAUGUGGCUGCAGUGGAAAAUGAGAUGACAAGAUAUGGAGGUGGACCAAAUAGUUCUGACGCUUACACCAUAAAUGGUUUCCCUGGGCCUCUCUACCCUUGCUCAACCAAAGAUACUUUUAUCCAAACAGUGGAACGAGGCAAGACCUAUUUACUCAGAAUCAUCAAUGCAGCCUUAAACGACGAGCUCUUCUUUGCCGUUUCGAACCACAUCCUAACGGUCGUUGAGAUUGAUGCAGUCUACACAAAACCUUUCACAACCAAAGCCAUCAUGAUCGCUCCUGGACAAACAACCAACGUUCUCCUCACCACAAACCAACACCCUGCUGACCCUUCCGGCAUGUUCCCGAUGGCGGCAACUCCCUACCUCACCACCAUCUUCCCCGUCGACAACUCGACCGCGGUCGGUUUCUUGCACUACAAGCAACCUGGAAAAUUCAGGCCUAAAGCUCAUCUUAAGCCACCAAACAAAUUCAUACUGAACAACCUUCCCAAAAUUGAAGACACCGCUUUCGCCACCAACUUUUCGGCAAGUCUCAAGAGUCUCGCAUCGCCUCAGUAUCCAUGCAACGUGCCUAAAAAGAUUGACAAGCGAGUUGUUAUAACAAUAAGCCUUAAUCUCCAAGAUUGCCCCUCAAAUAAAACUUGUAUGGGGUAUGAAGGAAAGAGUUUCUAUGCGUCCAUGAACAACCAAUCCUUCGUCCGUCCUAAUUCAUUUUCUUUAUUGGAGACCUACUACGUGACCAAAUUAGGCAAAGCCGGGGGGGUGGACUCUCGGUUUACGGCCGGUUUCCCGGAGAAGCCCUUGAGGCCGUUCGAUUACACCGGAGUCGAUUCGUUGACAGGGAAUCUCAACACGGAAUUCGGGAGCAAGAUUUUGGUGUUCCCUUAUGGAACAAACGUGGAAAUUGUUUUGCAAGGGACUAGUCUUCUCAACAAAGAGAACCAUCCCAUUCAUGUUCAUGGACACAACUUUUUUGUGGUGGGAAAGGGGUUUGGGAAUUUUGACAGUGCCAAGGACCCUUGGAAGUAUAAUCUGAUUGACCCGCCUGAGAGGAACACCGUGGCAGUUCCGACCGGCGGUUGGGCCGCCAUCCGGUUCAAGGCCGAUAACCCGGGUGUUUGGUUCGUGCAUUGUCACCUUGAAGAGCAUACUUCUUGGGGCCUGUCCACGGCCUUUAUCGUCAAAAAUGGGCCUGGCCCAAAUCAAUCUUUGCUUCCUCCCCCAGCAGAUCUUCCUUCAUGUUGA